GACGACUCAGUUGUGACUGCACCAACCCUACAGUCGCACUCGCACACCGAUGCGCGACGUCACCAACCCAACAGCAGCAGCACAGCCUCGAUGGCAUCACAAGAGACAAGAGAGAAAUGCCUCCGCUGGCUGCAGGACGUCCCACCUCCACAACAAUGCACAAGGCGUGCAGCCGUGACAAUUUCUGAUUCUCUUCUAACUCUUGAGGAUACUGAGCAUGAAGCCGAUGUCUCCGACGAUGCCUACUCUCCAGAAUUUGACCACAAAACCUUCACCUAUCCACCAGACAGAUACAGUCACGACCGUCGUAAAAGCCAAAACUCAUUCUGGGAAGCCAAACUCCGUAGCCAUAAAUCAACGGGCCAUCUGAAUGCAAAGCCAAGCCAAAAUCAAUUGACAAGCACAUCGCAAAACAAUGAAUCAGUCGUUGCUACCAAAGAGAAAGCAGCAACAUUGAGUGUAAGUCAAAGACGAAAAACACUUUCAGACUAUGGAUCACCUCAAACAUGCAGCAGACAAACAGACGGUGGCAGUACUGGUAGCAUGCCCAGCAUGAUGGCUGUUGGAGCAACAGACAGUCUACGAUUACGAUUGCCUGUAAUUGAUUUGUCAAAAAGUUGGAGCAUCACAGGCAAACAGAAGCUUAACCAAGAGAAACACUUGUUGACAAGGAAACCUACGAUGUCAACGUCUUCACUGCAGUAUCACAAUACAGAGACAUCGGAUUUGUGGUGGAAAACAGGCCUUCGUAUUGAAGGGUUUGCCAUAACAGCCGAGCAUCGGAAUCAUGCACAGGAACAGCCGUUGAGCAUCAAAAGAAAGUUUCGCAAGAAGAGUGAAGAGUCAGUCAUAGUUGUAGGUGUCAGACCACCUGAUUGCUCAACAGCUGAACCAAAUGGUGACAAAAUCAGUUUGUCAUCCAGUGUUGAUGGUUUAGCACCUGCACCUGCACAUCAGUGUGCACAUGUACAAAAGCAUACGCAUUCCAUAUUAGGAAGAAGACAGAUAUCAACCGGGUUGAUGCAAAGACAGUCGAGAUCCGUUGGCAAUCUCAUGGACACCAACCAGAGACAGAACAAUACAUCAGUUUCUAGUGUAACAAGACGACUGCAUACUGUACUGUAACGUAAUGCAGGAUCAAGAUGUUUAUUGUCUUUAUUAAUUAAUAAUUAUAUUGAGAUUAAGAAAAAUGUUAAUUAUUUUUAAAGAGGUCAUGACAUGAUUGUCGACUGUAGACAAGUAUUAGACUUUUAUUGCAAGAAUGUGUUGUGUUUAAUAUCAAUAAAUAAACGAUGAU